ACUUUUCUGGUAGGCAGGACUUUUCUCCGAGCUGGUUUGUGUCAAGUAUUAAUCACAUAUAGGAGAGAUUUUUUAGUGUGACCGACGCAUGAAGUGAUACACUACGUGUCACUACACAAAUGAUGAAAUAUAAUAUGUGUUAAAAAGUUAUUAACUUAAAAAAUAAAAUUUCUCAUCAAUUACAUAAAAAUAUGUGAUGCGUCACAAUUAAAAAUUUCACACGCGCGAUGGAGAAAGAAUGGCGACGGUGUCCUGGAAUCUGAGCCCGAGUCCACGCCUAAAGCUGCUUCAAGUCUCCUGCAGAAAGAGAGAUAAGAAUCAAGAUAACUAUGACCCUUACAAAGUCAUCAAAAUUACGCCUCCGCCCAAGAAUCUCGGCCUUCGUUGCUUUCCCUCCAACCUACAUUGCGGGGACAGUGUGACAAUAGAAGGCCAAACUUACACAAUCUGGGCCGUAACUCGUCGGUACUGGCUCCGGAAGGGGAAGUAUGAACCGAGCGAGAAGAGGCUUGACGUUUUGUCAACGGCGAGAUACGUCUUAAAUUUGUACCUAGAAAACUUGUAAGAACAAUCUUGACAUCUUGUUUAAUGUUAGUUUCCUCAUCACAUUCCUUGCUAGUUCGCCCAUGCACAGAGAAGGAAAGGAAUGUUUAGUUUAAUGCU